AUGGUAGUGGAAACACAAUUGGAACCGUGGAACACACUCCAGGUGGAAGAGGAGGGUAGGCUGUCCACCGCGUUUAACGCCUACAAGGCGACUUGGCCGUUCAGCUCCGAGUCUUCUAGGCUACAACGACCGGACAAGAAGGCACCAUUACCGAAUAAAUCCUACUUUAAAGGCAUUGUCCAACAAUUCAAACGCAUUGCCCAACAACUGGUACCAUCUUUAGCGACUGUUCCAAGUCCCCCAGAAUCUCACGUUUGUUUGGCUCAGGAGAAAGAGUUGUUGACUGCUAUCAACUGGAUCAACAAUCAUUUGUAUCAGGAUGGAGCAAAAGUCACGCCAGAGUGCUUCACCAACGAAGCUCGACUAGGUGUUUUGUCCCAUUAUGUAGCAAUUCAGUAUUGCCUGUGGAGUGAUGACCAUCAAGAAGCAUAUCGGGUGCUACUCAAGGCAAGAAAAGAAACUAAAUGGAAAAACCCGCAGGCCGAACCUUCUAUUGUGGUACAAGGUGCCAGGCCUGUGGCGAGCUCCUCAAGAGCUGCCAAGGGCACCAAAUCUCGCGCGUCAGCAAAGGUUGCCAUAGCCGUGAAGAAAGUGUCGGCUCGUGGACGGACUGUCGUGAAUAACAAGAGAAAGAGCGCUGGCAAGAUCAAGACACAACUGUUUCCCAAAGACAGAAAGUCCAAAACUCCUCGUACCAAGAAAAGCACCAAUCAAUUACGCCGGAAUAUCUCUCGUAGAGCGCUCAAGAUCGUGGCAAGGGUUGGCAAGCGUAUGAGACAGGAUGGGGAUGACUUAGAAGGAGGCGGCGAAAAUAUGUCACCAACAAAGAAGGCGAAGAACGCGCCAUCCGAUCAAGUUAUCACGACACCACGACAACCACGGAAGAGAGGUAAUAUGACUACACCCGCCUCUAGGAACACUAUCCGCGCUGGCGUAGAUGACAAUGUAGGCGAUACUGACGGCUUCAAACACGUAGUGCCGCAACCUAAGCGAAAGAGCAAUGCCCGGCGAACCAUCGAGAAUGCAGCGAACGCUGCGUGGACCCAAGGACAGAACGAGCUAUGGACUGAAAAUCCUUUCGUUUCUUCGUCGAAUGAUGCCCCGUCUCAGACAACGUCAAUAUCAAACCACCCUGUUUUACCAUCGAGUGCGGAGGAACUUGAUGCUAGACCUUUGCUACCAUGUCGACCACCGGUUUGGGCAUAUGGUCGCCAAGCAAUCUGCGAAUCUCUUCCUUACUUCCGCGCGACAGAGGCUGGAUGCUAUUUCAAAGGUGGCCUUGUAAAAGGUUAUCUUCUGGACGGAUGUCCCAGCGAGCGUGAUAUGUGGGCAUCCGAAGGGAAAGUUGUUGUGUCUCACGGGGGAGGACACUCUGAACGUGAUGCAGAAGGUGGACUGGAAUUGACUACAGAUCAAGAAGAAGAGGACGCUCGUAUCCGAGCACUUCUGAAGACUAUGCAUAAGAAGCAGCCGGUCGUAUUACUCGCGGGCCGCAAGUACCGUUUGUUCCCUUGGCGUAUCGAAUGCGAUUAUAUCGUCCUUGGAGCGUAUCUCAUUAUCGACUACUGGGUUGAGGCGGAGGGUAAUCCCCCUGUUCAGCGGGUCAAAUUCAAGUUCCAAUGGCUUCCUUGCCAAGGGGAGCCAUGGUGGUUAACUAACGAUCCUAUUCCGGAAGGAUGGAAACCUCAAGUCAACGAUACGAAGCUCCUUGAAGCGAAGCGUCAAGAGGAUGCUAUGGAAACCAAGAACAAUCAGGCUAUCGACAAAGCUAGGGGAGGUCCGCAGCAGCUCAUUUCAGCCACCAUAUUGGACGACGACGCAUAUAUGACUCCCCUGGAAGCACAGCUAUCCCCUCUUGUACCAUUUGACGACUGUAGUUCGAUAGGCGAACAAUUUCAGCGAAUGUGGAGAGAUCGCGUAAUGCUGGUCGGGAAAUCCCUGGACGCUGGUUUGAUUAGCAUGGAUGAGGUGUUCAGACUCGGAGAAUAUGAUCUCCAACGUUACACUUUUCAAGAAGACUUAUCCCAGUUAUCGAUUUCUCACACAUCGGUGGAGCUAUCCUCACAAGAACACACGAUGCCUGAAUUAUUGGUCGUCAACGCGCGCUCAAGUUAUCAGAUGAAUGAAUCGACGCCUUUUGCAGCAGCAUUGGAACUAGACAAGCAAAAUCAUCAAGAAUCCGCACGCGAGAGACAGUCUGUACCCCUACCAGCAAAAAUGUUUCCGGAGAUAAAUCAUGAUGAGCUGAUCGAAAUGAUGGGAUUGAUCCGACCCCAAAUUCAAAGUGUUCAACGCUUUCGAGGCUGGGAAUGUCGUGAAUGUGGUGAAACGCUAACUCCUGCUCCUGCUCGACACGAUGUUCUUGACCUCAAGGGUACCGUUCUUCCUCAAGGGUCUCCAGUAAGCGACCUUGACUACGAAUCUGUGCGGCAGCGCCCUCAAUAUUUGACGGCGGACGAGCGUUACGUCGUCACGGCGUUUGAAAUCCACGACUGCGAAAGCAUUAUCUACCACUUGCGUCCGAAGCCACAUCAUCCUAAUGAAGACCCAAAUGAUGCUCUCUUCGCGAAACUCGAGGAGGAGAUGCAGCUGCAUGAUCUUCUUCAUCGUUUCCCAGCAAGACACAGCACCAUUCGUGGUGAAAUGCUAAGCCAACACUUUCUCUGCAAUGCGGGAACACACUACAAAUACAUCACAACUACUUCUACAACACCAUUUGAAAAAGGCCCUCCGUCCAUGCUAGAAGCGCGGAAAGUGGUGUACGAAGCGGCGUGCUCUGUAACACCAAAAGAUCCUCAAUUUAAUGAAAUGCUUACAGUAGCCUACAUGGAUGAACAACACAUGGCUUACCAUGAUGAUGGGGAGCCUGGCCUCGGGCCCGUGGUCGCAUCUUUGAGUCUGGGAUCUCCUGCUGUAAUGUCCUUCAGGGCAAAACGCAAGGACAACGGAGAUGAAGAAGACUCCGACGACUCCGAAUCAGAUGAGGAUGAAGAGCUGGAUGAAGACGCGGAAGAGGAGCUUGAAGAAGAAGUGGAAGAAACUGAAGACGAGGAAGAAACAGAAGAGUUGGAGGUAGUUGACGAAGGGGACGACAGCGAUGACGAGAGUGACAGCCUCCCUGAGCUCACUGAAUUAGAAGAUCCGGCGGACGACGACUCUAGUGGGAGCAGUUCAGACAACGAGAUGGAUGAAGACGAAAGUGACGAAGAAGUGGAGCCGGUGCAAAAGAAGCACAGGAAGCCGUGUCUGGUGCUGAAUCUUAUCCAUGGGGAUGUUGUUGUUAUGGAUGGUCGUAAGCUGCACGACAUGUAUGUUCACAAAGUUGAGCCAACUGGGUUCCGCUUUGCUUGCACAUCCCGAUAUAUUGCGGACGUUAGCAAGCACGUCGAAUGA